AGAAUUGAACAGAUGAAGUGGGUUCCUGGUACUAGUUUAUCUGAUCAUACAAUGAGCUGCUCUACCGAAGGCUGAAUGACGCAAAGAAAGUUCGUAUAAAAUAAAACACACCCAAUUUAAAUCCAUUAGUCGACCCCCAGAACAAGUUGAAUAAGUAUUUGACAAUGUUGCUGCUGCGAUUAUUUUCCUUUGCCACCUGCAUAUACUUCGUAGUUGGUUUUAUGCAAGAGUUGACAUUUUACACGGAAGUUAAUUCAGGAGGGAAUGCGUUUAGAUUCCGGACGAAGGAGCCGGACCUCACACACUACUCGGAGCUAUUGAGGGAUGUCAAAUCCUACUGCUCUAUUGGAUGGUGGCUGGGAUUCAGUUCUACAAAUUACACUUCCUCGGUGACCUUCAACACAGGUGUGCGGAAUGGUGUGCUUUGCGGAAAUACCACACUUUCUCCUAUAAUGUCUUUGAGAUAUUCUGGACCUUUGGACACGUCAACCCCGUCAAUUUCCAUAUACAGCGGUGUAACUGGUAACAAUGUUGGAGGAGUAGAACGGACAUACACGGGCUUAGCCGCAACAUACUUUGGAUUUGUUCCUACGGGGGCAGUCAUCACUGGGAUGUCAAGUUGGACUGGUUUUGAAAACUAUCAAUAUUAAUCAAUCAAUAUUAAUCAAUCAAUAUUUCUCUCUAACUAACAGACAGAUACGAUCUAUUGUCCAAGGAUGCAACGCAAAAUAUGGUAGCACGCACUAUAAUUAUGAUAUGUCCCAAGAGACAGGAUUGCAAGGUUAAUUGUUGAGAAGGAUUUUGUUUUAAUAUCCGUGACAAAAUAAAAUUUACCUGUAAUUUAAAAUUGUCUAUAAGCAAAUACUGUUAUUUCUGUACAGUAAAUCUAUAUGUUAAAAUAAAAGAUAUAUUUUUCUUAGGUGAGAUAAAG